AUGGAUUCAAUAAAGAGUUUAUUGGGAAAUAAUGAACAACCCAAAGAAGAUCAAUCUGUUUGGGAAGAGAUCAACAAUCAAUGUUCGUUAUCUUGGACUCAAAGACUGAUUGGUUUCGGUAUUAGUGCAGGUUUAGGUUUAUUCUUUUCAUUUUUAGCAUUUUUGUUCUUGGCAUCACCAACAUCAUUUGCAUUUCUAUAUACAGUCGGUAAUAUAUGUAUGCUUCUAGCAACAGGUUUUAUUGUGGGUCCAGUGAAACAAUUCAAGAAUAUGAUGCAACCAACACGUGCAAUCUGUGCUAUCGUUUUUGUAUUAUCGAUGAUUCUUACUUUAGUUGCUGUUUUCUCUGGAUGGAGUUUUAUUUUAAUCAUCUUUUUAAUUAUUUUCCAAGUUUGUGCAUUGUUAUACUAUAUAUUUUCAUACAUUCCAUACGGAAGAGAAUGUCUAAGAGGUAUCUGUGGCUCUGUUGUUUCCGUUUAA